AUGGCUGCCGGACGAUCAGAGCCAAGACGGCAAUCUUCGCAAGCUGCCAUUGGUCAAAUUUCUUUGGACGACGUGGAGCCUGUCGAUAUAGAGCUGCGAAACCUUAUCGUAAAGGUCAACACAGCACCUUCUGUCUUCGAGCCAGCUACAUAUCCGGAACUGUUUAAAAGAUUGGCGAGGAAGAACGGUACUGAUACAGAAAGCAAGACACUACUCAGCUCUAUCAAUGCGUCUUUUCAACCUGGCUCAUUGACUGCGAUUCUAGGUGGGAGUGGAUCGGGAAAGACAACGUUAUUAAACACGAUAGCUGAACGCAUGUUCUCUAGUAGGCUAUCUCAAAGUGGAUCUGCUACUUUCAAUGGAUGUGAGGGAGUGCAAUCUGUGAGGCAUGCUUAUGUUAUGCAGCAGGACAUAUUAUUACCAACAUUAACGGUUCGGGAAACUCUGAGAUAUUCAGCAGAGUUGCGCUUGCCUUCGUCUAUAUCAAGAAGUGACCGGAUGCGUGUGGUUGAGGAAGUCAUUCUUGAACUUGGCCUUAAGGAAUGUGCAGACACGAGAAUUGGUGAUAAUCAACAUAAAGGGUGUUCUGGCGGAGAGAAGAGACGAACGAGCAUAGGGGUUCAACUACUUGCAAAUCCAUCGGUUCUCUUCCUCGACGAGCCUACCACUGGCCUAGAUGCUACAAGCGCGCAUCAGCUUGUGAAGACAUUAAAGGACCUUGUUAGCAAAGGUCGAACCAUCAUAACCACUAUUCAUCAACCGCGCUCGGAAAUAUGGAAUCUCUUCGACAAUUUGGUCAUCUUAUCCCGUGGGGGUCCCGUAUACUCCGGUCCUAGGGAUGAAUGCGCACCGUGGUUCUUGAGUCUCGGCUUCGAACCACCACCUUUUGUCAACCCAGCUGAAUUCUACAUAGACCAUGCCGCUGUCGACAACCGAACGCCGGAGCUUGAGGAGGAGACUAUGGCUCGUGUAGAAGGACUCAAGACAGCAUGGAAUGAACAGGCGAUGGUAAAGUUCCGGUCAGCUAUGAGCGUAGACCCCGCAACUCCGACGAAAUCAACAAAACGUGCACAAGAACAGCAUGCUGGGUUGUCUCGUCAGAUCAGGGUUUUGACCGACAGAACACUCAAAGUAACAGUGCGGGAUCCCAUGGGAAUGGCGGGUGCUUUGGGUGAAGCUAUCUCCAUGGCUAUCAUCUCAGGCUACAUUUUCUAUGCUCUUCCCCGAGACCAGUCAGGCAUCCGAUCCCGGCAAGGCGCACUUUACACUUCUGUCGGUCUGCAAGGGUAUCUGUAUCUCAUGUUUGAAACGUAUCGACUCACUGUUGACAUACAUACGUUUGAUCGUGAACAUAGCGAAGGCUAUGUCACGGCACUCCCCUUCAUCUUGUCGCGACGGAUAGCUCGUUUCUUUACGGAGGACAUUCCUGUGCCGUUCUUUUACAGCAUUAUCUACUACUUCAUGGCUGGAUUCGAUCGUGAAGUGGGGAAGUUCUUCACAUUCUUUUCUAUCAUCCUCUUGAACCACUACAUUGCCAUUAUGUUGGCAUUGACCUGCGUGGCGGCUGUUCGACACUUUCCUGGCGCGAGUCUAAUUGGAAAUUUAGCAUACACACUGCAGAGUAUGGCAUGUGGCUACUUUAUACAAAGCAACACAAUUCCGGUUUAUGUUCGCUGGCUCAAGUAUGCCACUUACACAUACUAUGCUUUUGGGGCUUUAUGCGGGAAUGAGUUCGAAGGUAGCUUCUACGACUGCCCUCUUGAGGGGGGUGCUACGAGUUCAGGCUGUGUCUCAUACACAGGCACCUAUAUUAUGGACAAUCUCGGGUUCCCUCGAGAUUGGAUCAGACGACCAAUUCUAGCCAUGGCCGGGUUCUUGGGGCUGUUCUGCCUUACAUCAUGGUUCGGACUUGCCUUCCUGAAAGUUGAAAUGACUAUUGCACGUGCAAGAACUACCAACAAGGAUUUAUCAGUCGGCAAGGAAAAGAUGAAUGAAAGAUCCGUACAGGAAGUGCGGGCUAUUGAUGUUGGGCUGGAAAAUUUUGGGCUGGCGCUGGAUAAGCGAUCAUCAACAGCAAAAAAGCUGCCAACGAAAACGAUCCUGAACCAUGUGAACGCGAAUUUCCAAGCCGGCCAGCUCAACAUUAUCAUGGGCCCAUCAGGCAGUGGGAAGACUAGUAUGCUCAAUGCGAUGGCGCUGCGACUCAAAAACUCCUUCAGUACAAAGUACCGGCUAUCCGGGAAACUCACCUUCAAUGGAGCGGUUCCUUCCGACUCAGUCAUCCGGUCUGUUGUCUCUUACGUGUGUCAGGACGACGACGCAUUGCUACCUUCACUCACCGUCCGCGAAACACUGUGCUUUGCGGCAGGGCUACGUUUGCCAUCAUGGAUGGGCAAGCAACAAAAGGUCGAUAAGGCUGAAGAAAUCCUACUAAAGAUGGGCCUGAAGGAUUGUGCGGACAACCUUGUGGGCAACGAUCUGGUCAAGGGCAUCUCGGGCGGCGAGAAACGGCGUGUCAGCAUUGCUGUACAGAUUUUGACAGAUCCUCGGGUACUCCUUCUGGAUGAGCCUACUUCUGGACUCGAUGCUUUCACUGCCAAUAGCAUCAUGGAAGUCCUCGAUGGUCUAGCCAACGAAGGCCGAACGCUAAUUUUAACUAUACACCAAGCGAGGUCGGAUCUCUUUGAGCACUUCGGCAAUGUGCUUUUACUCGCCCGUGGGGGGUCACCAGCAUACGCGGGGUCUGCAAGGGACAUGCUCGAAUAUUUCGGCAAGCUUGGCUAUCAGUGCCCGCAACACACCAAUCCCGCAGACUAUGCAUUGGAUCUCAUUACCAUUGACUUGCAAGAGGAAAAACGAGAGGCCGACAGUCGAGAGAAGGUCAAAAGGCUGAUUCAGGCUUGGCAAGAGCACGCUGAGGGGCGGCUCGAGAAAGAGGGCACCACUUCAUUGAGUAAAGCUACACUUGCAACUCCUGCGGAGCUUGGCGCUAUGGUGCAGAAGCGCGCAUCGUUUGCAACAGCGCUGCCUUUGCUAAUGCGCAGGGCCAUUAUCAAUAUUCGGCGACAGCCUCCAUUGAUACUGGCAAGAAUCAUGCAGGUCCUGGGCCUUGCGCUGGUGCUCUCGCUCUUCUUUGCGCCUCUACAUAACGACUAUCCGAGUAUUCAGAACCGUGUGGGUUUCGUCCAAGAGGUGGGCGCGUUCUACUUUGUUGGCAUGCUCCAGAAUGUUGCGGUUUACCCAGCAGAACGCGAAGUCUUCUAUCGCGAGGAUGACGACGCCGUCUACAGCAUCGAGGCGUUCCUGGCUACUUACACGAUCCUCGAGGUUCCCUUCGAGAUCAUUUCGUGCUUCGUCUUCGGCGUACUUGCGGAUCUGGCUGUCGGGUUCCCCCGCACGGUCGAGAUGUACUUUGUUUGCGUCUUCUGCUGUUUCGCGAUCGUAAAUUGUGGUGAGAGUCUUGGCAUCAUGUUCAACACAUUGUUCAACCACACCGGCUUCGCUGUCAACGUCAUUUCGGUAUUGCUGAGUGUGGCACAGACGAUAUCAGGUAUCAUGUCGAUCGAUAUGCCCGAGCUGUUCAAGGCAUUCAAUUACAUCAGCCCCAUCAAAUAUGCGGUCGCAGCACUAUCGCAUUAUAGUCUGAAAGGCGUGCAGUUCACUUGCAAUGAUACGCAGAAGUUGCCGAAUGGUGAGUGUAUCAUUGCGACGGGUGAGCAGGUUUUGGAUUUGUACAAGUUGAACGUCAAUGGGCCAGUAAAUCUUGGGGCACUGGCGGCUGUUGUUGUGAUUUACAGGCUGGUCGCUUGGGCAUUAUUGCGAAUAGUGAGGACGAGAUGGAAGAGUGUUGUUGAGAAGACCAGGACGGCAUAG